AAACAACAUCAUCGAUCACCAAAAAAAGCGAUUAGAAUCAUCAACCUCGCGUUUCUUUCCAUCAUUUACCAUCUCAAAGUGACUUGUACUAACUAUGGGAGGGGUGGAUGACAAGGCGGAGACGCCUGUUGAGCGUGAAAAGGGCUUUGCGACGCUCGCUGAGCUGAGGAUUGGAACGAAGGCCUGGGUCGAAAAGGAAGGCAGUAAAAGAAAAGCAGAAAUCUUGAGUAUACAAACCAAAAAGGGCCAGCCGCGAUUCUACGUGCACUAUGACGAGUUCAACAAGCGCCUGGAUGAGUGGAUCACUGCGGAAAAGUUUGACCUCUCCAGGGAGGUAGAAUGGCCACCACCUGAGAAAGUGGACAAGAAGAAGACGGGUGGCUCCCAGUCGCAAAAAAAGGAGCCUCUCAAGGACAGCAAAAACCUGAAGCGUCAAAAGAGCCAACUCGAGCGCGAUACGGCCACUCCGGAGUCGACGUCUGCAAAUAUCCAGAAGGUUCCGAGGCCCUCCACCGCCGGUGGCAAGGAAAACAAGGAGGUGACGAUCACGACGGAGGUCCUAGACGGGACGCCCCGCCCCGAGGAUGAAGAUACCGACAUGGUAGAUGUCCAAGAUGCGGCGGCCGCUGCCAAGGCUGCGCCUCCAGAGGCCUACUCGCGCGAGGAGGAGAUAGAGAAGCUCCGGACUGGCGGCUCCAUGACGCAGAAUCAGACGGAAAUUUCGCGUGUGCGCAACCUGGAUAAGAUCCAAAUGGGUAGGUUUGAGAUCGAGCCGUGGUACUUCUCGCCCUAUCCGCAGGAGUUCACGGAUUGCGACAUGGUGUACAUAUGCGAGUUUUGCCUGAGCUACUUUGGCGAAACGAAGCAGUUCGAGCGGCACAGGCAGAAGUGCACCCUUCUGCACCCUCCGGGAAACGAAAUCUACCGAGACGAUUACGUGAGUUUCUUCGAGAUCGACGGGCGGCGGCAGAGGACCUGGUGUCGCAAUCUAUGUCUUCUGUCGAAGCUGUUCCUCGAUCAUAAGACUCUGUACUACGACGUGGAUCCGUUUCUUUUCUACUGCAUGUGCACACGCGACGAGUACGGCUGUCAUCUUGUCGGCUACUUCUCCAAAGAAAAGGAGUCCGCGGAGGGCUACAACGUCGCUUGUAUUCUCACCCUACCACAAUACCAGCGGAAGGGCUUCGGCCGCUUGCUCAUUGCCUUCUCGUACGAGCUGUCCAAGCGUGAAGGUAAGCUUGGCAGCCCGGAGAAGCCCCUUUCUGAUCUUGGGCUUCUUGGCUACAGAGCGUACUGGCAAGAGGUGAUUGUGGGAAUGCUUAUGGACGGGCGAACUGAAGCGAACAUCGAGGACAUUGGCGCGGCUGCAGCGAUGACUACAAACGACGUGUUGCACACGCUGCAAUAUCUGAACAUGAUCAAGACCUCUAAAAACCAACACGUCAUCGUGCUGACGGACGCGGUGGUCAAGCAGUACGAGAAGCAGAAGGAAAAGGAGCUGAAGAAGGGCAAGCGGACGAUCGAUCCUGAGAAGCUGAUCUGGAAGCCUCCGGUCUUCACGGCAAGCUCGAGGACGUGGAACUGGUAGGCUGGAAAAAAAAAAGCCAGAAGCAACGGCUCUCUCGGUUUUCCGCCUUUGCGGCUGACCGCCCUCUUUUUAACAUGAGAUACCCCAACGUUGUUACAUUUUGCGAA